AAUCCGACACUUUUGUGAAACGUUUUCAGUUUGUAAGCAUAAAUCGGGCACAAAAACAAAAUAGCAGAGCGCACUGAAAAACCAAAAAAAAAUACAAAGCGUAAAAAACGAAACACUACGAAAAACUGUUACAAGUUCAACGUGUGCAAAAGAGACGGCAAAAGAAAAACUUGACUCGUUCAAGAUGCGAUUCUUUUCGAUGGUUGCGUUAUUGUUGCUUCUGGUUGUGAUGCUGCUCCUUGGCCAGGGCUAUGGCCGCAACCUGCCCGUUCGGAUGCGUGCUCAUCGCCAGACAACAGGAAAAGCGUUUCCACACUUUUUCCAGCUGGUUCUGAACAUUAUGAGCAGCCUACACCAAAUCGAGUCUUAGAAAGAGCCGUGCAUAUUAUAUUGCUGCGUUUCCUAAUACCUUGGUAACUAAACAAUUCGUUUAAGUGUGUAUGCCAGGGCUGUAAAUCCAAUCAAAAUUGUUCAUCGGUUCCGCUUACGAACCGAACCAGCUCCCAACCUUUAGGUUCAGUUUGUGAACCUGGCUUUCCAUAUCCUACGAACGCAGGGCUAGGAUCGAACCUUAACUUAAGCUAAAAACAUAAAUGGUUCGGUGGUGUUGCUUUUCUGCGAUAAAUUAUUAAAUCCCAGGUUCGAACCGGUUCGGUUCGUUUUCCAGCCUUGGUAUAUACAUCCAUUCCAUAUACAAACUUUUUGAACUAUUUUUU